CUCGCUGACGCAGCGGGGCCGAGGGUCGCUGUCAGCCGUCACUGCCGUCACUGCUCUCCGUCCACCAUGGAGCAGCCACAGGGACUCUGGUCCUGACGUCCCCGCCGAGGUGGACGAGGAUCCGCGGCGGAGCCGGGACUGACAUGGACGCUGGCGACACCAAGGAUGUAAAGCUUUCACCUGAAGUUGAACCAUUCAUCCCACAGAGGAAAGGUCUUGAAGGACCCCUAAUCGGCAUGAGUCUCUCUGGAGAGCCCGGUGGCAGUGGAGGGGGCGGUGGAGGUAUAGGAGGAGUCAGUGGGGGGGUGGAAACCACACCCAUACCCAGCUACCUCAUCACCUGCUACCCUUUCGUUCAGGAGAACCAACCCAACAGGCAACAUCCUAUGUACAAUGGAGGGGAGCUGCGCUGGCAGCAGCCUAACCCAACCCCUGGUGGUCCGUACCUGGCCUACCCCAUCUUGUCGUCCCCCCAGCCUCCCGUGUCUAAUGACUACGCUUACUACCAGAUUAUGCCUGCUCCUUGCCCACCGGUGAUGGGCUUUUACCAGCCCUUCCCUGGUACUUAUGCAGGGCCAGUCCAAGCAGGAGUAGUCAAUCCAGUUUCAGCGGAGGUCAGUGAAAGACCUCUACCACUUGGGCCAGCAUAUGGAAUGGCCAGUCAGAGGGGGAGAGGCAUUGUCCGAUCUAAUGUUCUACCAAAGCCACAUUUGGGUAUUUGUCAACCUCCGAGGUGUCGUCGACCUCCAACCAGAAGUGUAGCUGUGCAGAAGGAGGUGUGCACCUUAGGACCCGAUGGUAGGGCCAAGACUGUGAUGUUGGUGGAUGCAGCACAGCAGACGGACUUCCCAGGUGAAGUGUCUGGUCGAUGUGCGACUGAGUGCGUUAGUCCAUUGCUGUGGAAAAACCGAACAAAGAGACGACGGGCUUCCCAUCCAGCUGAGGGCUACGAGCAGGGUGCCAGCGAGGCAGAUAUAGACAGUGAUAGUGGCUACUGCAGUCCUAAACACAACCAGGUGGCUGGCGGGACACAGCGAACAACAGAGAACACAGGAGCAACCAUGGGAGUGGAAACAGGUGUAAUCACAGGAAACUGGGUAAAUGUAGCAAAUCAGGCUACGCCAAAGAGUUGGGUGGACAGAAAUGGACAGUUCCACCGAAUGGAUCAGAGGAAGAACCCUGAACAGAGAAACUUCUCACAGGAUUUCCACAGUGGCUACCUGGGACGUAUGCCAUCCACGCAGUCCGAACAAAGGGUACAACCAGCAGCUAUCACUGGCAGCGAUCUCACUCCAGAGCCCCUCUACUUCAAGGAUGAAGAUGAGUUCCCAGAUUUGGCUACUGGAGGGUCUGUCCAGCGGAGCAACAAAGCAGAAUCUGCUUCCCCUCAGACACACAUACAACCUAAACUGGCCAAAAACCUGCUGGAUAACCUGCCAGAGAACUCUCCAAUCAACAUAGUGCAGACACCCAUUCCAAUUACUACCUCUGUUCCCAAGAGGGCCAAGAGCCAGAGGAAGAAGGCUCUGGCUGCUGCACUGGCCACUGCACAGGAGUACUCUGAAAUUAGCAUGGAGCAGAAAAAAUUACAGGAAGCAUUCACCAAAGCAGCGGGGAAGAAGAGUAAGACCUCUGUCGAGCUGGACCUAGGAGACAUGCUGGCAGCUUUGGAAAAACAGCAGCAGGCUAUGAAGGCCAGACAACUCAACAACACCAAGCCGCUGUCUUUAACAGUAGGAACAACCACUCCAUUCAACAGCUCAGGCUCCCCUAGUGUGCCGUCCAUGUUGAGGGGACAUCAGCAGCCGUACGCAGCCCCACAUAAUGCUCUUGAUUCUACUGCGCCCCGUGUCAAGAGAGGAAAAGAGAGGGAGAUCCCCAAAGUCAAACGCCCAACGGCUCUUAAAAAGAUUAUUUUGAAGGAACGAGAAGGAAAGAAAGGGAAGCCGAAUGUGGAGCAAGAUUCUGUGGGUCAUGAGGAGCAAGGGGAUGAGUGUCUACAUUUUACAGAUGAUCUUACACGACAACCCGCCUCCCAGGAAGAAAACGGUCUGAGUGUGCCCAGUGAUGCAUCCCUUUCUCCGGCCAGUCAGAACUCUCCAUACAGUAUCACCCCAGUUUCUCAGGGUUCUCCUGCCAGCUCUGGCAUUGGCAGUCCCAUGGCUUCAAAUGCCAUCACCAAGAUCCACAGCCGACGCUUCAGAGAGUACUGUAACCAAGUGCUUAGCAAGGAAAUCGACGAGAGCGUGACUCUGCUGUUACAGGAACUGGUCCGCUUCCAGGAGCGGGUUUACCAGAAGGAUCCCAGCAAGGCCAAAUCCAAACGUCGACUGGUGAUGGGUCUCAGAGAAGUCACCAAGCACAUGAAGCUGCACAAGAUAAAGUGCGUCAUCAUUUCUCCCAACUGUGAGAAGAUUCAGGCCAAAGGUGGUUUAGAUGAAGCUUUAUAUAAUGUGAUUGCCAUGGCGAGGGAGCAGGAGAUCCCGUUUGUGUUCGCCUUGGGCAGAAAAGCUCUUGGACGCUGCGUCAACAAGCUGGUGCCUGUUAGUGUUGUGGGUAUUUUCAACUAUUCUGGAGCUGAGGGUCUCUUCAACCAGUUAGUGUCUCUGACAGAAGAGGCGAGGAAGGCCUACAAGGAUAUGGUGUCAGCUCUGGAGCAGGAGCAGGCAGAGGAGGCCCUGAAAAAUGACAAGAAGGUCCCACACCACAUGGGCCAUUCCCGCAACCACUCUGCUGCUUCAGCCAUCUCCUUUUGCUCCAUUUUCUCUGAGCCCAUCUCAGAGGUCAAUGAAAAGGAGUAUGAGACCAAUUGGAGGAGUAUGAUGGAGUCUUCAGAUGCCCCGGAGACUGUAGAGACUGAGCCGAGUCGCCCGGCACCUCCUACAACCCAGAAAGACGGUGAGGCCCCGGCAACCGCAACCACCACCGUCCUGGCCAACUCCACUGCUCCUCCGCUCAGAAUGGGAGCUCCAACACAGGGUAGCGGUGACAGAGACGAGGUCAGAGUUGACGACCGGCUGGAGCUGGCCUCUCAACAGAGUACAGAGACGGGCUCGUUGGAUGGGAGCUGCAGAGGACCACUGAACUCCUCCAUCACUUCCACCACCUCCACCCUGGUCCCAGGAAUGUUGGAAGAAGCUGAGGAGGAGGACGAGGAGGAGGAGGACUACACCCCUGAACCCAUAUCUGUGGAGGUGCCUACCCUGAGUAGUCGCAUCGAAUCCUGGGUAUCUAAAACCCUUGAGAACCUGCAUUUGGGAAAAAGCCAGGAAAGUACAGAAGAGGAGGAGGAAGAGGAGGAGGAAGAAGAAGAAGAAGAGGAGGAAGAAGAAGAAGACAGAAAGCAGAGUGAGGAAGAGGAAGAGCUUGAAUCUGCAGAAAUCACAGAGACGAAAACGGAGGACAAAGAAGUUGAGGCUACGAAAGUCACUGGCUGAACUUACUCGUCCGUCUGCUCUUGCAUACAGCCAUUCCCUCUGUCUUCUCCUGCUCUCACAGCCCCGGGUCUCCUCCGUCUCUAACCCCUGACACCAGGCAUUAUCUCAGGUAUACAACCAUGUGACCGACACUCACACACUGCAGAUAAACUGACCAACUUGACACACACAGACCAAACAUCAUCUUACACAGUUUGAGGGAAUAUAACCAACAGCUCUCUCACAUGACACUACAGAGAAAAUGAUGCCCACUUUUUCAGCCCAUGACCUGCAACACUUGAAUCCAGAGGGAAGCUUUUGAUUUCCCUCCUCCUAAGCUGAACUCUUUGCGAGACGUUUACAGGAGCAAGUGAUGAGAGCCGCUGUCUGUAGCUCACAAAGGAGGGAGUCUUUCUUCAUUCAGAGCGCCGACGGUUUACAGCUCUGCUUGUAUUUGUGUACUUCUGUGUGUUUUUGUUUUACAGGCACAUGCUUUGCAUUUAUUUUGCUGUUAAUCAAUUUUAGCUUUGUAAAUAUGUAUUGAUUUUCAUCUUGUUGCUCCACGGGACAGUGAGAGAUGUGUAUUUCUUAUAACUGCUAGCUUUCAUUAAGUGUCAGGGGUUCUGUUUUUGUACCAAAACCACUCCUGCCCACAUCAAUCUUCAGAGAGUGUUUUUUUUUUUUUUUUUAAUAUCCAAAUGAGUGUCUCAUUCUGUAUUUAGAUGAUUCAGAUAACUUAACUUCUAAGAAGAAAAACAAACUUUCUGAGUAUAACCUUGUGUAGGUGGUUCUAUAACAUUUUCUGGUUUGUCAUAUUGAUCUUGACUUGUGUAAAACUAUUUGAGGAUGUUUUUCCCCUGAAUGGAUUUGUCUGCAGCUUCAGAUGUCGUCUGUGCUUCAUAAGGAAAACGUGUUCAUUUGUUCUCUCCAGUGUUUGUUCUCCAGUGGUAUGGGGGUCUCACUUUCUCUCCAAGCAUCUUUUCUGUCAUUCACACCGGGAUGUUUUUUCAUUGAGAAAUACAUUUUGCAAGUGAUUUGGUGAACAAGUAGAUACAAAACUUAGGGACAAGUUCCAUGUGUGUCGUUUACAGCAUUAAAAUAAAGAUGCUAGAGAAUAGGUGUUUACUAGUAUUAAUCCUAUUUAACAAAGCCCCAAAAAUGAGUUGUGGUUAUUUGUAACGGGUAAAAAUCAUUGUCGAGCUCUUCUGAAUUUUUGUAAGCAGAAUAUUUUCCAUAAAGGCAUCCAGUGAAGUGAAGCCCCCGCAGCUGCGACGUUCCCCACCGUACUGUCACACGUCAGUACAUACUUUUGUAAAUACCAGUGUACAAACAGAUUUUGAUCUUGCAUUGUAUUAAAUACCACCAUUCUGUUGUUGGAGACAUCUAAUAGUUUUAGCAGUUUAACAGUUGUAAUCCUCUUUGAUAGUGAAUCAUGCAGGGAUUCCAGCCUGUCAGUAGUGAUGCAGUAGGUCGAUGCCGUAUGUCGGGCCGGAUGCAAUGUGAAGCCCAGAGGUGGGAGACGUGUCUGUUUGUCUGAAGAUCACACUUCAAGUUAACAAAAGUAUUUCUGGUUUGAUUAAAGGUACGCUGUGUGUUCUUUUUGUUGCUAUGACUUUCAUGCAGCUGUUUGAAGUAUGUUUAUUGACAGCGUGUGUGUGUGUGUGUGUGUGUUGAUUUUUUUUUUUUUUUUGCACUAUGUAAAUACAGGUCUGGUAAAAAAAUCUUGUUACUAAUGUGAACAACAGAAGAGAGGAAAAAUAACGGUUCAAUGAAGUACAUUUGUUCUUUGUCUUUAUAUGGAUAUUUAAAGUGUCUCCCUCUGACUGUACUUCACUAGUAACAUUGGUCGAGGCUGUUUCUCAUAAUCAUGUUAUCACUCCUAACCUAUAUGGACUGAUAAUUAACAUCAUUAAAAUAUUGUUUAAAUAAGUCAUUUGGAGUGAAGCCUUGUUCAUUUCCUUCCACAUGAACGCAGUUUGCAGCAAGAGAUUAAAUGGAUCAUCAGGAAAUGUAUAUGCAAAUAUCUUAAU